CGUAACUGUCCGACAAUGCGUCGAGUGCGUGUCUUGCGAGGAGUCGAUCUCCCGUAACGAGUUGCCUUCGAUCUUCGAAACCUAUCCCACCUAUCGCGUUUCCUAUAAAAGAUGUCACAGAGGGGUCAGGAUGCCAGUGCCACGUGCGAAAACGACAUGUCCACGUCGAAAAGUAGCUCGUUGCUACGAUUGAAUCAGGAGAGCCGGCGUGAAUCCGCCGAUUGGCAGGAUCAGGACACGGAUUCAGAGAUCAGCGAGACCGAUUUCCUCACGAAGGGCGCGUUCCUGUUGACGCCCAGCCACGAGCUCAGCAUCGAAAAAGCUGCCACCAUUUGCGAGAAGAUGAAUUUUCGUGGAAUGUUCUCCCUGACGAAGACGGCUACCGGUAUACUCUUCAAGUUCAGCAACAUCGACGAUUUUCAGGCGGUCUAUAAAAAGGGGUUCCACAAAGUCACGGGGGCACGGUUCUACAAGAAGGUCGCCAUACCUUGCAGACCGGCUAAGACAUUCACCGUCUACGUUCUGGACGUACCCGAAGAACUACCGGAAGAGGAUAUCAGGCACGCUCUCUACAAGUACCGGUCCAUAGUCGAAGUGACGCGGCUACCUCUCAACACGGCCACCGUCCUGAAAGCGAUCAACGACAAGUUGAAAAGCGAGGCCCACAACCAGAACGAGCCUGCGACGAUUUAUACGGGGCCACCCGUUAUAAGGGUGACCCUGGCCAGCGUGGAGGAGACCUCGACGUUGCUCAGCCGUGGUCUGGAUUUUUAUGGGGCCACAUAUUUCCCCACCGAAACGCCCCAUCCGGCUGCUCAACCCCUGGCCAAAUACAAAAACAACAGAUGGCUCGAGUUGGCAGCCAUCGGCGCUGGACAAAGAGUCAGGGACCUACUUCCGGUCUUCGACAACGCGGGCUUCAACAAAUUACCACCCCCGGCCAGUCGGAUGAUAAAACCGCAAAAAAACUGACGUUUCCCUCGACUUCUUUCAUCCUUCUGCUUCGAUAUUCCGCGGGAUUUCUGUGUUUGAAGACCUCGAGUUUCAUCACACUUCAGCCUCGAGAUCGAUUUCACGGGAUUAAGAAUGGUGUUACCGAAAAAUUAUUUGUUGAUGCGCAACAUUUUUGUUAAUUUAAUCCUUUCACGGUACAGUAAUGAAACGAAGUAUACGGUUAAGAUUAUUUUGAAAAGCUGAAGAAGAAGAAGAAAGUUGUAAUUUGUCGUAGAAAUAAUCGCAGUUUUUGUUAAAUUAUUCUUUCAUGUUUGAUAAGUUUAAGAAUAACUAUAUUAUGGGAUUAAAACAUUAUGUAAUGUUAAUUAUAAUACGAUGAGGAGAAUUAUAAUAUUGUAUUUAAUGGGUUGCCUCUAAGUUUCUCUUGUACUGUACUG